GGGAGAAAAUAGUUCGCGUGUGAGUUGCAAUAUUCGUGCGCGCCGCCGGCCGUAUAGAACUGGCAGUGGAAAUAGUCCCGGCGCUGGUGGAAGGAUCCGCUGUCAGUGACCAGUGCGCGCUGUGAUUGGCUGCGGCGCGGUGUGCGCGGGGAAGCCGGGGACAGCGCUGCCGCUGUGUGUGGAGAGCUGGGGGAGGAGCAGGAGAUCCCCGCUCGGUGUGUACAGGGAGCGGAUCCCGGCACCGCAGCUCGGUAUAAGGCGGCCGUGGAUGGGCCUCUGCCGCUGGUGACAUGCUGCCGAGCCAGGCCGGGUCCUCCCCGGGAAACGGAUCGUCUCUGGGCCGGAGCUCCGGGCUGUCGCUGCCGCGUAGGGCCGGCAAUGGAAGCUCUCCGGGCCGGGGCAGGCCGCAGGGGGUCCCUCGCUACGAGGUGAUCCCCGGUAGCGGGCAAGUCUACAGCGGCAGUGAGGUCACCUCGGACUCCGGGGAUGAGGACGAGACUCCUGCCGCCUCCCGGGGGGUCAAGCGGGGGCUGACUGAGCUGGAGCUCGGGAUGCCGGAUCCGGGAGGGCCCGGUGUGGCCGGCGGAGGGUACCCGGGCACCGCGGUGUCUGUUUCCGGGGCUAAACCAGGCAAGAAGACCCGAGGCCGGGUGAAGAUAAAGAUGGAGUUCAUCGACAACAAGCUGCGGCGGUACACCACAUUCAGCAAGCGGAAGACCGGCAUCAUGAAGAAGGCAUAUGAACUCUCUACAUUGACUGGGACACAGGUACUGCUGCUGGUAGCCAGUGAAACUGGUCACGUGUACACGUUUGCCACCCGAAAACUUCAACCAAUGAUAACCAGUGAGACGGGGAAGGCAUUAAUACAGACUUGUUUAAAUUCUCCUGACUCUCCUCCACGUUCUGACCCCUCCACUGACCAGCGGAUGAGCGCCACCGGAUUUGAGGAGACUGAUCUCACCUACCAAGUGUCUGAAUCUGACAGUAGCGGGGAGACCAAGGACUCUCUAAAGCCGGCAUUCACCGUCUCCAACCUUCCCGGCACCUGCAGCAUACAAACCGCUCCUACCACAUCCACCUCAAUGCAAGUUUCAAGUGGGCACUCCUUCCCCAUCACCAACUACCUGGCACCUGUCACCAGUGCCAACGGAACCGUUCUCAAGACCGAGGGCAGCAUCAUGAGUUCUGGGGGCCUAAUGCAGCUCCCAACUGGCUUCACCUUGAUGUCUGCAGGUGGAGCUGUAGCUCAGCAAGUCCAGGCCAUCCAAGUUCACCCAGCUAACCAGACAUCCCCGUCCAGUGACAGCAGCUCAGAGCUGACCCAGACUUCUUCUAGUGGGACAGUGACGCUCCCCGCUGCUAUCAUGACCUCCUCUGUGCCCACGACAGUGAGCGGUCACAUGAUGUAUUCCAGCCCACAUGCCGUCAUGUAUGCUCCCUCUCAGGGUUUGACAGAUGGGAGCCUGGCGGUACUCAAUGCCUUUUCCUCGGGUACCCCGAUGCAGGUGUCCCACUCCCAGGAACAGGGUGGCGUGCAGCAAGUUUUCCUUACAGCACCACCUGGCACUGUCCAAAUCCCAGUGUCUGCAGUUCAGCUUCAUCAGAUGGCAGUCAUCGGACAACAGUCCAGCAGCAGUAACUUGACAGAGCUACAAGUCGUUAACCUGGACACAUCGCACAACAGCAAGAACGACUGACUGUUUUAUGUUGGGGGCUUGAGAUGAGGUUCCUUGGAGUGACACAUUAUAGACUGCACCACUUAUUUAUUGAUGCCUUUUCACCUUUUUUUUUUUUUUUUUCUCCCCCUUUAUGGUGUCUGACUUCCAUGGGAGAUUAGAACCCACCAGGGGAUACAGUAUGGCUCUGUUCAUCGCCGCCAGAGAUCAUAGCGCUCUUUGUACUUGUAACUCCGAGCCUAGCUUCUGUGGUCUCUCCGUACUGGCACUGGGAUCCCACUCCUUGUUCUGCACUGAAUGUGACUGUGGGCAUGUCAUGAGUAUCUUGGUGACUGUUGUGAUUACGGUUAGAACAAAUAUUCCCGCUACUCUGUUGGCGGAAUUCAGAUCUGCCAGGGCCCGCGUCGCUGAGUAGUUUUAUUAAGGGAAUGAAGAGGAAGGAACUCAAAUCCUUUUAUUUUUCUAUGUGUGAAUUCUCAGUAUUUAUGUAAAAGGGUCAGGUUCUGUAAAGACUCCUGCGUUGGGGAUGGGGGGGGGUGAUAUUUUUAUCUGCUUUUAUAAAAAGUCUGAUUAAGGAUCAUUUAAUCCUUCCCUGCCAGUCCAUGCGUUGGCUCAUUCUGUCUGAUCGUUUAGUCUGCCAGUGAAGGGUUAACUGUAAUUUACUUCACUGAGAUUAUGGCACUACAGGAGUUGCGUUUUAGCACCCAUCAGUAUUUCAAAGCCUUUCUGAUCACGUGUACUGUAAUCAUAGGACGUUUGUUUAUUCAGGGCACGGUUAUUAACUGUCUUUAUGCCUUGGCUCAUCAAAGUAUCUUCUAAAGGUGGUUGGCUCCCUCUGGCGUCUGCUGGAUCCACAAAUCGGUUGGUUAUAUCCGUAGCAGGAGCACCCACGGUUUCAUAUCUGGCAUACAGUAGGAUACCCAAAAACCUGGGUAUCGCUUGCUGAGGGCGAGCAGAGUACAUAAUGUGUACUAAAUUUACUCCCGUGUAAUUGUUUCUGUCAAACGCUCAUGCAGUCGCAGACCAUGCUUUCUAGAUCACAGAGUAACAAUCCGGAGUUUGGUACGUGAACACAGCUGUGUAGUGUGUAAACACAACAAAGAAAAUGGUAAUGCUCUUAAAAUCAUGUUUUAUGGAUCUUUUGCUUGUGACCUUAUUGUCCACUUAAAAUUAUCAGGAAAAUCAAGUUUAAAUGGCUCCUAAAAUCUGUGUAAUCUUGGUAAUUCAGGGCCUGCAUGGUAUCUUCAUCAUCUGUUUUAGGAGUCGUAACCAAAUCCAGAUUUUGUUAAAUACCAGCCUCUAAUAUGAACAUGGAGGAAGGGUUCUGUGUUGUAAAAUCCUAACCUGGAACUGUAGUUCCUACAGUUUGUGUCACAAUCUGGGUUGAGAGAAUUUGGUUAGGCCUCAGAGUACUUGAACUGUAGUAAAACCUUCUAGUGUUCAGUUGUAUCAUUUGUAAUAUUAAAUUUUUAUGGCUGAGGACCUUCCCCCUUCGGGAAUGGUCACCUAACAAUUGCUGAGAUGGAGUGGUCUUGUGCUCAAGGGCCUUCUGUGCCAACUAAUAGCAGGGAGCUAUUGAGGAAAGACUAUCUGUCCAGUGACUCCAUGCUUCUGGGUUGGGUUUAGAAAAGCAUUCACUUGAUCUGAAGGUAUCUGGACAGGUAUGGACAACCUGUGGAACUGCUCUGAACUGUAUGUUCAGUGCCAUGCAUGAUCCACAAUAUAUUGGUUGAGCAUGUAUCUGGAAUAAAGUCCUGCGGACCUCAUAGCUGAAUGCGAUCAGCAGGUUCAAUACAUUGUAAAGGAAGCACUAAAUCUAAAAUAAAAGUUGCGUAUAUAAAAGCUACGGGUUACAUUCACAAAUGUAUGGGACAAAAUGUCAAUUCUACGCCAGGAUUUGAUACUUGAGAUGUAGUUUGUAUGUUCAAACUAUUCUUUUAUCAGGAAAGAGGCUGCUUGCAGGAAGUGUGUAAUUCCUUCCAUCCGGUAAAUUAUAGUUCUGAGUUUUGUGGCUCUGUUAAUAUAAAGUAGCUUGUAACUUUGGAGUUGUUAAUGCACAAUUAGUCCAAUCUGAUCUCAAUGGUUGGUUGCUGCAGAAACCUUUUUAUCUGCAUGUUACGGCCAGAGGGGUCUCCACUGCUGCCGCGGUGACUGUUCCGAUGGAGGUGAACGCUGCCUGUGGGUAAAGCUGAUAUAGCCUUGGCAGUCUUCUUGUUGACUGUUUUUUCUCCCCUAGGUUUCUUCAGUUUAAGAAAAGGGGGUACAGCCUGGGCACCUCACUUUCCCAAGAUAGGAUUGGGAGUGUUGCCACAUCUUGCUCCUGACUGACUUGGUAGGAAUAGAGGUGUUGCAGGAUAGUGAAGUCCACACCUUUUUACUCUGAUCUUCUAGGUUAAGAUGCGGGUUAGAGUUGCGGGUUGCAACAUAUGAAGGGAUCGAGCGGUAGGUUUCUAUAGCACAUGCAGCCUACAUCUGAACACCUCCUAACUCAAAGGGGAGCAGCCCCUGACCCCACCAAGAAGGGUCUUGUUAUAUUGCUGCUGCAAGUUUUCUAUGGAGCUCAUCUCUGUAGGGAGAUGUGAUUUUUGUGGGGUGGCUUCACCUAUUUCUUCAGCUUUUUCAGUUAAUCUGAUUUGAACUUUUUUUUUUUUUUUCUUUUGUUGUGCUUGUGUGCAUUUUAUUUUUAAUGAAAUUUUCCAGGGUAUUUUUCUGGAGAAGUUGUGGAAGUAAAACACAGUACUGUGUACAUAACCCAUUUUUUUUGUAUAAAAUUAAACAAAAACACAAAAAAACCCUCAAUAAAUGUAUCAUUUUGUGCACACGUUUA